UUAAAUCAAUCUGCCCUGGUCCAUAUAAAGUACAACUGCAAUGCUUUGGUCUGAAUUCCUUGUUUUUGUAAUUCCAGAAGAAGUGGCGGCAUAGUUACCUUGAAAAAGUAACUUAGUUACUUUACUGAUUUUUAUUAUUCAUUUGAAAGUAACGAAGUUAGAUUAUAAGCUACGUUAUUAGUUAUUUUCAGCAGUUGCCAACAACCACCUGGAUAGUUGAAAGUAACUUGUAAUAUGAAUCGCUAGUAAAAACGGUUAAUAAAUAUUAAUUUAUAAUAGUUAGAAUAUGCUUAAAAACAAUGUAAAUACAGUAAAAAGUUGUUGAAAAGUUAUAAUUUUCAUGUAUUAAUGUUUGUCUCGUUUUGUUCAAGGAAAUUGCGAUCUGUGAAUCAGCAAUCGGCUAGUAAGCCUCUUCUGGCAUCGAUUGGUAAAGCCUCCAUCCUCCACUGAGGGAUUUUUCGCGCCUUUUUUAUUUGCACUUCCUGUUCUUGCCAUGCUGAUCACAAAGAGACAGCGAGGGAUCCUGGAGAAUUAGGAGGGAAAUUUUAAAAUAAUCGCCACUGGGAAACAGAAUGAGACGUCAAACUGAGGAGAUGAAAGGUCCAGGAGUGAAACAUCCCCAGAUGUUCCUCCUCAACCAGUACGGGAGCGCCACCUGGGGGACAACAGGGGUUCCUGAUCCAGGAGGGAUGGAUGGUACUUGAAGUGGGAUCUUGGUCAGAUCCAGGGAUCUCUUCCCAAUGGGACUGGAAAAUCUUAACAUCAAAGAUGGAUCCUGAUGAGAUUCUUGAACUACUUCAGUUUACCUUUCAGUUCAGUUCCUUCUUCAAUGCAACAGACUAAACCAGAAGCCCAGUUAGCUCAGACAGAACCUCAUCUUACACUAAAUGGAUUCUCCAUGGGGUUAAAGGUCAGGGAAAUUUGCUGGCCAGUCAAGAACAGGAUCUCCAUGGACACUGAACCAGAUUUGGUACCUUUGGCGGUGUGGGUCGGUACCAAGUCCUGCUGGAAAAUAAAACCAGCAUCUUCAUACAGUUUGUCAGCAGAGGGAAUCGUGAAGCGCUCUAGAAUUUUCUGCAUAAACUGGACUUCAGGAAACCCAGUGGACCAGAACCAGGAGACAACAUGGCACCUCAAGCUUCACUCUGUACUUCAACCAACAUGGACGCUGUGCUUCUCCGUUCUUCAGACCCUGACACCCUGAUUACAAAAUGAAAUGCAGAGUUUUCUCUCCUGUGAAGAAAGGACUAUGGACCAAACCUCAACAGUUCAGCUCCUUUUCACCUUCACCAGGUCAGUCGGAUUGAUGGGCGAGAUGAAACCCAUCAACCUGCUACCGCUUCUUCUGUUCUUCUCUGGACAAAUUCAAGAUUCUACUGAGAUGAUCCAAAAGCUUCAUCCAACUGGAAAAGAAUCAAAUAUUAGUUUCCCUGUAGAAAAGCUUCCUAGAGAUUCUACGGUUUUAUGGUUGGAUCAUUUAAAUAGGACCAUAGCAACAUAUUAUUCGUAUGGAGAAACAAAAUUGGAGCAGCGUUUCGAUGGAAAAGUGAAGAUUGCUGGACCAACAACGCUGACGUUUCUGAAUCCACAGACAUCAGACAGUGGAUUAUAUUGUGCAAAGGUGAUAGGAGAUAAAGAUAAUACAGUGAUGUGCUUCAACGUCACAUUUGCAGACCAAAAUACGGUUUCCACAGUUGCUGUUCUUGCUGUUUCUCCUGCUGUUCUUGUUCUUGUUAUCAUUGCUGCUGUUGGGCUAUGGUGCUAUUUAAAGAAGAAAUGUCAAGACCAGACAGAAGACGUAGUCUUAUCUGCAAACUCUGGAACAAAUUCUCCAAUUGUCCAGAUUCUUCUACCACCUACCCAAGACAACGGAGAUCCUCACAACAUCGAGGAAAAUGCUGCAGAUUCACCUGUCUAAAGCUGCAGAGAAAACCGCAGACUGUCACUCUGUGCUGCACUACAGUCCUCUCUCCACAACUUGUGAAAAGCAGAAUUAGUUUUCCUGUAACUUCAGGUUACAGGCGGGGUGUUGUGGUGGCGCAGAGAAAACCUAAACUAUUGCUUCCUGUGUUGAGGAUUUAAAUUUGAACGUUUUCCUUUGAUGUAUGCAACAUGCUAGUUCGACGCUAUGAAGCUUACCGGAAACAACCUGCACUGUAGAUAACCGUCCUCCACAGCGAAUAGAUAAGAUCCGAUCUGAACGCGGCUGCUGUUAAUUUUAACGUUAAUUUAAUAUUUGGAAGUGUGGCCAACAUGGACUGAACGGUUUUGUUCACUUCCUCCUUUCCUAUUGCUAAUACUAGAGACUACAAUUCUAAAACAGCGCAGAAAAUCGAUGUCUUCAUUCACAGCGUCUCCUUCUAUUCGCCGAUUGGCCCUUAGGAAAACCAACCGGAAGCAUUUAAAGUAAAGGGGAGAAAGGAGACCGUGCAGGAAGCGAGAUUUUAUUCGAGCAGAGUUGGUCAGGAAGAAAUGGCCAGUCUAGGAGCGAACUAGAUGAAACAAAAUUUGAUGUUCGAGUUCAUUUGAUGGCGACAGUUUCGGACCAAUCAGACAA